AUGCCCAAGAAGGGGAAGAAGGGGAAUGCCCAGGAAGAGGUGACCAAGGAGCAGCUGGACGCGGCCAAGAAGAGGGUGGAGCUCACGCCAUCGAACAUCCGGGCAACGAGGCGCACCCUGGACAACCUGAAGCAGCCCCACACGGAGGAGAACCAGAGACUUGUCUUGGCCGUGAAGGACAUCAGUGCGGGUUUUCUGCGGCGUGGCCUGAAGGAACUCCGGGUGACCCCAGAGCAGUUUGCAAUGUGGAAGACGUACUCUUCCGUGGAGAUGAGCCGGACGUCGUCGGCCUGGUGCGUCCCGAAAGCCAACGUGCCAGACAUUCCGGCAGAGUAUUCCCAGUGCGUGAUCGACACCUCGGGGUGGGCAGAACAGCCGCCAGGUUUCGACCCUGAGAACGAAGUGCUGUACGACAAGCGGGCAAUGGUGAACCUCCUGGGGCCCAACGUGGACGAAGUGGCUUUCAAACGGGCUCGCGGGGCGAGCGGGGAGCCAGGCAGUGGCGCGUUGGCUCUGCGCGACGAGGCCGCCUCCUCGAAGCCAACGCCGGAGGCUUCAACCGCUGGAGCGACUCCAGUUGACGCAGCGGCUGCGGAGGGCAAGAAAGGGGCGGCUGCGGGGCGAAGGAAGCUGAGGUUUCUGAAAAGCUCCGAGAGCAAUCCGGAGGACAUCGAGAAGCAAUUGGAGAUCACGGCGGAGAACGUGCAGACCAGCCUGAACAAGGAGAUCUACGUGCAUGGCAAUCCCGACAAGCCGACGGUGGUGACGUGGCUCAAGAGUUUUUGCUCCCUGGCGACGAAGCACUUGAAAAAGUCGGAGGGCGACGAUGCAAAGGCAGACGUGCGCGGCUUCAUCAGGUGGUUCUCGGAGGAGCUCUUGCAGCAUGCCACCGCUUUGGAGCACAUGGCGGCCAUCUUGAAGCCCCUCCAGGAGUUCGGGGCAAAGCAGACGGACAUCUUCGCGAAGGCCAGCAUGUGGAAGGUCGUGGAGGCGAUGGCCGCGCAGAGCCCCCAGUCCACCAACGCGUUGCCGAAGGAGGAUUUGAAGCCGUCCGAGCUCAGCGUGCUCCACGAAUCGCCGCUCCACAUCGCGUUCCAGACGGCGCGCGAGGCUUGGCAGUUGAAGGUGUUGCGCGAGGACCACAAGUCAGGGAACGGCGCUCGCUUGGAGAAGCUGGAGGCAUUGAUGGAAGGGGCGGAGAAGACGGCGGAGAUGUCUUUGAUGAGCAACAUGUGGGGGCCCGCCUCGGACGCGACGAAGGUGAGGUACUUGUGCGCCGAGGACGGGCGCGUGGACAUGUACCGCGAGUGGGGGCCCGCGUCACCGCUGCUGAAAGCAGACCAGCUGUAUUCGAAGGAGACUGUCUACAAGGGGAUGCCGUACGACAAGUUCGCGGGCCUCCUGGACGCCCACGCUGCCAUCGCGGAGUCCGCCCCGAGGAUCGCCAAUGCCAUCGCGCGCUCCCUGUUCCAUGUGCGCGACAAGAUCCCGCAGGAGCUCUCCGUGCUGUUCGGGGAGGUGUGCGCGGCGAAGCUGGGCACGACCGGCGGGCCCGGCUGCGGCGGCGACAUUGGCGGCAUCGUCGGGGCCCUGGGCGAAGAGCAGGUUGCAGCGGCGGCGAAGGCGUGCGUCGACGGCCACCGAGCCCCCGUGCACGACGCGGUGGCGACUGAGGUCCAGAAGAGGAAUGCGGCCCCGAAGCCCGCGGAGACCGCGCAGCCCGCGGCUGUCGAGAAGCCCGAGGCGGCCGACCCAGCCGCGCAGCCCGCGCCGCCCGCGGCCGUCGAGAAGCCCGAGGCCGUCCAGGAGCCCGCGCAGCCCGAGGCGGCCGGCCCGGCCGCGGCGGUGACCGGGCAGGACGGGCAGUCCGCGGAUGCCGAGAUGGCCGAGCCGCCCGCGAAGAGCGAGCCGGCCGCGGCGGCGCAGGUGCCUGGCGCGACGGCGCCAGGGCAGCCCGCGGCGCCUUCGGGCGCCUCGCCCGCCCCCCGGGGCUUCAAGAAGGGGGACCAGGUAAGGAUCGUGAUGCGGAAAAAGGAGUUUAACGGGAAGACGGGCACGGUGGAGAACACGUGGUCCAACAGGGUGGAAGUGUGGAUGCCCGAGGCCGACAAUGGGAACGGCGAGUUCCGCACUUUCCAGAAAGUGAACGUGGAGCACAUCCAGAGUGACGCGCGCGAAGGCCCCCCCCUGUGCCCGCCGGCGGGUCAGCGCAGCCCGGCCGCGGCUAGCUCGUCCGAGUCCAAGCCCGAGCCGCCCGAGAAACGCCAGAAAGUUACGCUGUCCCAACUGUUCAAGCCACGUUCGGACGCUAGGGGGUCCUACAUGUUCGGCAAGCGCGCUUUGCACGAGGACUUCUACCUCGGGGCCGUGCGCAACCUCCUCUUCUUCAGCAGCGACGUUGUUGGUUCCGAAGGUGCUCGUCAACAGCUGCGCCACGAGCAGAUGGGAGACAUGCUCCGGUUCGGUGGCAUUGGAGGCUUCCUCGCGCCAAACGUCGCAGACACCCGGAACCCUUUGGUGGUCGUCCUCCAUGCCGGCUGCCUCAACCACACCAGCGGAGGACUGAAUGACGACGGCGCUACGGAAAGGUGGCAGCGCGGGGACAAGUUCGACGGCGACCUCGAGGGCGACCGAAAGGACCUUACUAAGCGGCGACUUCUCGUGCCUCCUGCGCCGGCUUUCGUCGACCACCACGUCCGACGCCACCCCGCGACGCAGAUCGACGCGAACACAG